CGGCGUGGGAAAACGCCCAACCAGCGCCUGCCUCCCUCCCUCCCCGCCCCACGCGGCGGAUGUGACGUACCGGAUGAUGUUUGCCUGACGCUGGCAACGUGAGGCGCGCGCGUGAGGCGGCCGGGCAGCCAUGGACGCGCUGGACCGGGUGGUAAAGCCUAAAACUAAGAGAGCAAAAAGAUUUCUUGAGAAGAGAGAACCCAAACUUAAAGAAAAUACGAAAAAUGCUAUGCUCAUAAAAGGAGGAAAUGCAAACUUAACGGUGACUGAAGUGCUUAAAGACAUUUAUGCUGUGAAGAAGCCUUUUGCUGUACUGUAUAAAAAGAAAAAUAUUACCAGGCCUUUUGAGGAUCAAACAUCAUUGGAAUUUUUUUCCAAGAAAUCAGAUUGUUCUUUGUUCCUAUUUGGCUCUCAUAACAAGAAGCGGCCUAACAACCUGAUAAUAGGCCGCAUGUUUGACUAUCAUGUCCUAGACAUGAUUGAGCUAGGCGUUGAGAAAUUUGUAUCCCUAAAAGAUGUGAAGAAUAGUAAAUGUCCUGAAGGAACAAAACCUAUGCUGAUAUUUGCUGGUGACAUGUUUGAUGUAAAUGAAGAAUACAGAAGACUGAAGAGCCUUCUUAUUGAUUUCUUCAGAGGUCCUAGUGUGCCCAGUAUUCGUCUGGCUGGUUUAGAGUACGUUCUGCAUUUCACGGCUCUAGAUGGGAAAAUUUACAUGCGAAGCUAUAAGGUGCUUUUGAAGAAAUCUGGCUGUAAAAUACCAAGAAUUGAACUGGAAGAGAUGGGACCUUCAUUAGAUCUGGUUAUGAGGAGAACACAUUUAGCUUCAGAUGACCUUUAUAAGCUGUCUUUAAAACAACCAAAAGCCCUGAAGCCUAAGAAGAAAAAGAAUAUCUCCCAUGAUGUGUUUGGUACGACGUAUGGUCGAAUCCACAUGCAGAAGCAAGAUCUCAGUAAACUGCAGACACGGAAAAUGAAAGGGUUAAAAAAGAGGCCAGCAGAGAAGUCAGCUGAAGAUGGUGGGGCUAGUCCCAAAAAGUCAAAAUCAGGUUGAUAGUCUGGAACAGCUUUGAAAACUCUUUGUACCUGCAAAUUUAGUAUAUAUAUUGUAAUAUAAAUAUGUCAGACAUAAAAGAUUCAGCUGAUGUUAGCUUUAGUUUUAUAUAUAAAAAAAAUCUUAUUAAUGAUUUGUCAUUUUAAAGGAAACAUGGGGGUAUUGAGCUUUAACAUGGAACUUGGUUAUUUAAAAUAAAAAAUGGGAUAUAACUUUC